GCGGCGCCGCCGCGGCCGCCAGGGGGAGCUGCGGGGCAGCGCGGCGCCGCCGCUCCCCUCUCCCCGCCGCGCCGCCAUGGCGGCCUUCCCUCGCCACCGCCGCUUUCUGGGCGGCUUCGUCUGCGGGGCCGCGGCGGGAGCCGCCGCCUCGUGCUGGGCUGCGUGGAGGCUUCUCCGCAGCCAGAGCCAGCUGGAGCCGGCCCCUGGGCGAGAGCUGGUGGAGGAACCAGUAGAAGAAACUCUGCUGGAAAAAUAUGGAUUCCCUGAAGCUGGAACAGAGACCAGAUGUUACACUAAUCAUGCACUGUCUUACGACCAGGCAAAACGGGUGCCUAGAUGGGUGAUUGAACAUAUUUCAAAACAGAAGACACUGGGUGAUGCAGACCGAAGCCACUGUAAAUUCCGACCAGAUCCUAACAUCCCUCUCAUGUUUAGUGCGGUCAAUGAAGACUACCUUGGGAGCGGGUGGUCACGAGGACACAUGGCACCAGCAGGAGAUAACAAAUUUUCAACAAGAGCUAUGGCCGAAACAUUUUAUCUGUCUAACAUUGUGCCUCAGAAUUAUGAAAAUAAUGCUGGAUUUUGGAACAGAAUGGAAAUGUAUUGUCGGGAAUUGACCGAGAGAUUUCAGGAUGUUUGGGUAGUUUCGGGACCUUUGACAUUGCCUCAAACAAAUGAUGAUGGAAAGAAGAGUGUUACUUAUCAGGUAAUUGGAAAGGACGACGUAGCUGUGCCAACCCAUCUAUACAAGGUGAUCCUUGCCAGACGGAACAGAACGUCUACAGAGCCCUUGGUACUGGGGGCUUUUGUGGUGCCAAACAACCCCAUAGGCUUCAGUCACCAGCUAACCGAGUUCCAGGUCAAUAUUGAAGACCUGGAAAAAAUGUCAGGUUUAGUUUUUUUCCCCCAGGUGGACAAAAGGAACGACAUUAAGAAUAUCUGUGAGGUGGAUACCUGUAAACUGAUGGGCUUCAAGGAAUUUACUUUGUACAUCACUACCCGAAAAGUGCGGAGUGCCCGUACAUUGCACCAGCUGGAGAAAGCCAUGUCAGUGUUAAGGGAGGCAGGAAUUGAGCCAGAUGAAUAUCUUCUAAAGCUUUACAGGAAGAAGGAAGGAGACCUACUGCAGGAAAAACAAGGAGCAGCUAGAGAGGGGAAAGCUGGCUGAGGACUUGUUCAGGAAGACGUUUGUACUUUGAAAGGAGAGCUGACAGUGGCUCUAUGAAUUGUCCUUUUUUGGAUUUUGAGAACAAUAAAGAAAUAUUUGGAAGCUGA